AUGGUCAUCAAGGGCGGCGCGAAGAAAAAAGCAAAGGUGAAGGCCUAUGACAUUGAAGAGUCAAAGAGGAUAUUCCUAUACGCCUAUGAACACCAACUGAAAAAUGAAAAGGUUAAUUGGAAAAAGGCACAAGAAUCCAGAGUGACCAGUCACAGUGCAAGCUCGAUGCGGAGCCAUUACGUGAACUGUAUAAAACAUGAGGUGUCUUUGUACCUGGAGAUGUACGCAGAGGAAGUUGCUAAGGUAUUUAACAAAGUGAAAAAGUGGAAGAAGGAAGAAAAAAAAAAAAAAAUGUUGCUUUUACAGAGCACCACACUGGUGAAGCAACGGUCAAAUAUUUCUCUAGACAGAGUAACCAAGGGGAAAAGCACAAACUAUAACAAAUUUAAUUCUCUCAUAAUUAGUAAAGCCUUCUCCAUGAAGGGUAACCAUACUGCCAAUAGCAAGCAGAACUCCUCCAUUAACAGAAGAAAGGGGACCAAUGCAAAUACCAAGAAGAGAAAAAAAGACACCAGCCUUUGCUCUAGCGUUAAUGCUAGCGCGAGUGAUAGUGGGACGAAGAACCAACCGGGAGUAUCAAAAAACGGCCUCAAGAAGAAAAAAAUAAAAAAAGUAAAAUUUGCACAAAAAGAUACCCUUGCAGUCAAGGAUAAAAAAAUAGACAAAAGUGUGGUUAAAAAUGUGGUCAAAAAUAUGGUCAAAAAUAUGGUCAAAAAUAAGGCCAAAAAUAAGGCCAAAAAUGUGGCCAAAAGUGUAACCAAAAGUGUAACAAAAAGUGUAACCAAAAUUGCGCCCCCAAAUAACGCAAUCGUUAGGAGCAAUGUAGAAAGAACAAAUAACCCCCCCAACAAUUCGUUCAAUACAGAUAUGAGUGAUAAAACGGAUAAAAGAAAAAGCGAAAAGGAACGGGGGAAGAACACGCGAGUGUCAAAAAAUGAACAAAUGGGAGCAAAGCACAUAUCCCAAGGGAGCAGCGAGAGUAAACAUGCUAUGAAAAAGGUAAAGGAAGAGAACGACGUACAAAUAAGUGUAGACGGAACGGUUCGUGACGAACGAGGGAGUAACACAUUGAACGAAGUGAGCCAUAUAAAAAUACCUUGUGGAGAACACUCGCCCCAGAAGUACCAUCUCGAGUCAAGAUCUGCAAAAAGACACAGCGACAAAAAUUCUCCCCUUCAAAGCAGAGCAAAAAGGGGGAAACACCACGCAGCAAAUUGCAACGCGAAGGAAUUCAACAGGAUAAACAAGCCAUACGAUAAUAAAAUAUCAAGUGGAAACGUUAAGGAAGGGAAAAAAAGUUCUAUCGGCUCUAUUUUUGGGUACCUUUACGAUAAAAUAUUCCGCUGA